UAACAGUUUGCAAACACAAUCUAGGUUGUGUAACACCACGAGUCCUCCUAGACUACUGACCCAUAGCUGAAGAAAACUGCUGAGCAGUAGGAAACCACAGAAGAGGGGACCAUGGAUGCAUCAUUUCAGAAGAUAAACGGAGAAACUGGCAUACAGGAGUCCAUGUACCUUGAGGAACUGUCCAACAAGGCUCAAGUUGUGUCCUGUAUCUUCUCACUAAAGGAGGAAGUUGGGGCACUAGCCAGAACUCUACGCUUGUUUGAGGAGAAAGGUAUCAACCUGACCCAUAUUGAAUCCCGUCCCUCCCGUCUCAAUAAAGAGGAUUAUGAGUUCUUCAUCAAUGUGGAUGCCACGUGCUCCAAGGAGCUGGACGAAGUCAUUGCGAGCCUCAAAACACAGAUCAGCGGGCAUGUACAUGAGCUGUCUCGCAACAAGGCAAAGGACACAGUGCCGUGGUUCCCAAGGGAUAUUCAAGAUCUAGACAGAUUUGCCAACCAGAUCCUGAGCUAUGGUUCAGAACUGGACUCAGACCAUCCGGGGUUUACAGAUCCUGUGUACAGGGUCCGACGGAAGGAAUUUGCUGACAUUGCCUACAACUACAGACAUGGCCAAGUUAUUCCAAAGGUCGAGUACACAAAGGAAGAGAAGGCCACCUGGGGCACAGUGUUCAGGGAGCUCAAGACCCUCUAUCCCACUCAUGCCUGUCGGGAACACAACCACGUUUUCCCUCUCCUGGAGAAGUACUGUGGCUACCGGGAAGAUAACAUCCCACAGCUGGAGGACAUCUCCAGAUUUCUGCAGUCCUGCACAGGAUUCCGCUUGCGUCCCGUCGCUGGUCUGCUCUCCUCCCGGGAUUUCCUGGCCGGGCUGGCAUUCCGGGUCUUUCAUUCCACACAGUACAUCCGCCAUUCAUCAAAACCCAUGUACACACCUGAACCUGAUAUCUGCCAUGAACUGUUGGGCCAUGUGCCUCUAUUUGCUGAUCCACGCUUUGCCCAGUUUUCACAGGAAAUCGGACUGGCUUCUCUGGGUGCGCCAGACGAGUACAUAGAAAAACUAGCAACGGUGUACUGGUUUACAGUCGAGUUUGGUCUGUGCAAACAGGGUUCGGAAAUUAAGGCAUAUGGAGCCGGCUUGCUUUCCUCUUUUGGAGAACUGCAGUAUUGCUUAACAAAUAAACCAGAGAUCCAGCCAUUUGAACCUGAAAAGACUGCCCUUCAGACGUACCCGAUUACUGAGUUCCAGCCCAUUUACUUUGUUGCUGAAAGCUUUGAAGGUGCCAAAGAAAAAGUCAGAAAAUUUGCUGCCACCAUCCCUAGGCCCUUCUCUGUCCGCUACAACCCUUAUACCCAUAGCAUUGAGGUCCUGGACAGCAUGCAGCAGCUGAAGAACCUGGCUGACAGCAUCAGUGGUGAAAUGGGAAUUCUUGCCAAUGCGCUUAAGAAAAUGGAAUAAGAAAUAAAAAACAAAAUAGGGAGAUCUGCUACCAAGAACAUGUAUAAAUAUUGAAUUGCAAUUAGCUCUGCUAUGCUGCUGAAGUGUAUGUCAAGCUGAAUUAUGUGCUUCUUUUCAGUUCAUUCAUGUAUAACCACAAAUUUAUUGUGUACUAUAAGAGUUACGUUAAUCAUAUCUUAAACCUAUAGCAAGAGCUAUACGCUUCUAUAAACCUUUUCAAAUAUACUGUACUGCUUGCUUUUGUUUAGAUCUGUAAUGUGCUCCUUUCACCAGUGAUAGAUAGAUCUGAAGGAAAGCGGGUCUGGGAUCAUUCUGACAGGGUACUGCAACUCACCUGUGCCUCUGUCCUCUCACUCUCGUUCUCAUGUCUUUAUAAAAGUAAAUGUCCUCCAGUGCUUGGAGGUACAGCUGCUGCCAUCACAUUUACAAAGGGUAUUAACAUUAAGCAGAAUAUACCAGAUGGGAGCCUUUUGAACAUAACUGUGCCUGUGCUAAAUUGCAUCAUUGCAGUGCUUUGAAGCAUACAUUUAUUUCAUUUUUUUUAAAUGUGUUGUUAUCUAUUUUUAUUUUCAAUAGAUGCUUGUUUGUCAGACAUUUACUUUGAAAUUAAACUGGUCACAUAUGCUAGACCCCCCCCCCCCCCCCCCCCCCCGUUCUCCAGACAGAGACAUGAUUUUAAAAUGGUUAUAGAAAGAAUAGAAUAAUUUUAGCACAAUUAGAACAGCAUUACAGUGGGGGUAGUUGCAUCACUAAAUAACUUUAUAAUCGGUUGAUAAUAGAUCAAAUAUGUACCUGUAUGCCAUUUUUAGAGCUGUAUUAUCUAUAUGAUCACCUGUAUGAUACAAAAUAAAUACAUUUAACUGUUAAAAGAAAAA